AUGCUGUUGAACAUUGCAUAUUAUCACAACAAUCUUCUUUCUUUUUUGCAAGGUUGUGCAUGUCCACUACAAGGACAUAUAACACGUCCACUUGAGGGUGUUGGUUCAACGCAACAUUCAGAUGGUGAUGAUGCUGUUUCAUUACUUAAUCGACAACAUGUUUUCGAAUAUGCUCUACAUAUUUCUCCAGGACAACAAAUUUCAGUUGAGUUAUUGCAUGAUUCAAGUGGUCGUCUACAUGGUCUUUCUACACAAUUUUCAUUACAACAUAUUCCGCUACAACAUUGUGUUGAAGAUUUACAAGCUGAUUUAUCUUUUAGACAACUGGCUUUCAAUGGAAAUUCAUUUGGUCGACAUUCAACAACAAUUGAUGACAAAACAAUCAAACCAACAACAAAUAAUAAUUACCUUUAA